GAGAGACUUGUCCAAGUUACAGGGCAAACUCCUUCCAGAACUGGUUUCAAAAUGGACAAAGCACUCUUCAUGAGCCAAGGCAACCAUUCCCCAUUGGUUUAACCACAAGUUAUCCCUGGUCUUGGGAACCCUUAGGGACCAGGUGUAGCGCACUUGGGGGCCACAGUAGCUGCUGGCCUCUGGCACUCACUACACCUCUGCCCCUGCUGUCACCAGGUCCCUGGAGGAGAGGAGCCCCGGUGAGGAAACCUCGAAGUCACAUCUCCAUUCACUCUUCACAGGUCUUUGCAGAAAGGAGGAGAAGCAGCAAUGGGUGCUGGCGGCCCGCGGCGGGGUGCUGGCCCUCCAGAUGGUGGCUGGGGCUGGGUGGUGCUGGGCGCCUGCUUUGUGAUCACCGGCUUCGCCUAUGGCUUCCCUAAGGCUGUGAGCGUCUUCUUCCAAGAGCUCAAGCGCGACUUCGGGGCAGGUUACAGUGACACAGCCUGGGUGUCCUCCAUCAUGCUGGCGAUGCUCUAUGGCACGGGCCCUUUGUCCAGCAUCCUCGUGACGCGCUUUGGCUGUCGCCCGGUGAUGCUAGCCGGUGGGCUGCUGGCUUCAGCGGGCAUGAUUCUGGCUUCCUUUGCCUCGCGCCUCCUGGAGCUGUACCUGACGGCUGGGGUGCUCACAGGCCUGGGCCUGGCUCUCAACUUCCAGCCGUCGCUCAUCAUGCUGGGGCUCUACUUCGAUCGGCGACGGCCCCUGGCCAACGGGCUGGCAGCAGCGGGCAGCCCCGUGUUUCUAUCCACGCUGUCGCCGCUCGGGCAGCUGCUGGGGGAGCGCUUCGGCUGGCGCGGUGGCUUCCUGCUGUUUGGUGGCCUCCUGCUGCACUGUUGCGCCUGUGGGGCAGUCAUGCGUCCGCCCCCUGGACCCCCACUACGCCAAGACCCCGCGGCCCCCGGUGGUCGGGCUCGUCGGCAGCGGCUGCUGGACGUGACAGUAUGCACCGACCGUGCUUUCGUGGUGUACGUGGUCACCAAGUUCCUGAUGGCGCUCGGGCUCUUUGUGCCGGCCAUCCUGCUGGUGAACUACGCCAAAGACGCGGGCGUGCCUGACACCGAGGCCGCCUUCUUGUUGUCCAUUGUGGGCUUCGUGGACAUUGUGGCACGACCGGCAUGCGGUGCUUUGGCGGGCCUGGCGCGCCUGAGACCCCACGUCCCCUACCUCUUCAGCCUGGCCCUGUUGGCCAAUGGGCUCACGGACCUGAUUAGCGCGCGUGCGCGCUCCUACGGCACCCUCGUGGCUUUUUGCAUCGCCUUCGGUCUCUCCUACGGCAUGGUGGGCGCGCUGCAGUUUGAGGUGCUCAUGGCGACCGUAGGUGCGCCUCGCUUCCCUAGUGCGUUGGGCCUAGUGCUGCUCGUGGAGGCCGUGGCUGUGCUCAUAGGACCGCCCUCUGCCGGCCGCCUGGUGGAUGCACUGAAGAACUACGAGAUCAUCUUCUACCUUGCUGGCUCUGAAGUGGCCUUGGCAGGAGCCUUCAUGGCAGUGACCACCUACUGCUGCCUGCACUGCUCUAAGGGCAUCCCAUCAGGUCCAUCUGCUGAGGGAGGAACCAGUGACACGGAGGACGUGGAGGCUGAGAGGGACUCUGAGCCAAUGCCUGCCAGCACUGAGGAGCCUGGCAGCCUUGAAGCUCUGGAGGUGCUGAGCCCCCGGGCUGGAUCCCCAAAACCAGAGGAGGAGUCAGCGCCUGAGCUGGGUUACGAGUCUGAGUCUAUAGGUGGCCACGAGGCACGAGGCCAGAAGGCAUGAAAACGUGGCUUCCUGUUUGGGGGCCUGGUACAUGGGAGCCAGCCUGGGGUGAUCCCUUGGAAACCCAAUCUGUUAGGCCCUGUUCACAGUGAAGCGUGAAGCUGCUGUGGGCUGACAGGAGCGCAAGUUGAUAAAG